CUGAACUGCUAGAAACCUGCAGAAACCAAACCGGUCCAAAGACCGUUAUUCUUUUCUCAGAAACUGCGAUUCCUCUCAGAGAUUAGAUCUCUUAAGAAUUGCUUGGAGUUUGGUUUUCCCUUAUUCGGAAGUUAAAGUUCAGACAGCUUCGCUUUCUUGUAGAAUAUUCAUUUYMUUUUUGCUUAUCCUCUUUCUGUUCACACGUCACUUGCUGUCAAAUUAUGAUAUAAUCGACAACAAACAUCGAUUACGAUCUAGAACUUAAAUUUGGUACGAGAAAACACUGUAUAAGAUGCCUAAAGCAAAAAGUCAGCGACAAAGGGAAAUCGCCAAACAAUUUUGGCAAUAUUUAUGCUCAAAGAACCUCCGUCCUUCAAACAAACUCGAACUUAGACAAGUUUACUAUAAUGAAUUCAAGAAAGGAAUCCCAUCUUCUCCUACCGUGGCGUUUUCCUCGGUUCUUUAUCAACUUAAGAGAAUGAAGAAGCUGACAAAGGGAAGCGAUAAGGAGUCUAUCCUCUAUUAUGAACGAAAAGGCAAGAAGAUGGUCAUUGCAAUGGAUCAGAACUUUGUGCAAAGGCGCAAGACUAAGAAUGACAAAGAUAAACUUAUCGAAGUACCAAGAAACCAAGCAUUCCUGGAACAACUYAAAAAAGCAUUUGUUCAAAACAAAAAUGCAAUUGUCGAAGAUAAGAACGGAGURAGAAUAUUCUCAAAUUUAGACAAAUCAAAUGGGGUAAUCGACUUUGGUACUUUCCCAGUCAAUGGAAGCUCAGAAGUCAUAGAAAUCACAAUMAAAAAUGCUGGCCAAACUCCAGUGAAAAUCAAGCGUUUCUCAGCCCUGGAGAAAGUAUCAGAAUUCAAUUUAAGUGACAAGCAUGGUAUCACAAACAUGACUAGUGAUAAAUUCAAAGUUCUCAGRGUCAAUAGCCAGAAGCAGUACAGUAUUUCUGUACUAUUUAAACCACCUAAUUUAGGCCACUUUAAGCUUCCUAUUGUUUUUGAGUUUGAGCAAGAAGAGCCAGAGCAGAAGGUCUUUCACAUUGCACGYUUCCUUGUUGGUCAAGCAACCAAUGAUGAUGUCAAUAGUCUAUUACCCACAACUGAAUACCAACACCCCUCCCCUAUGGCAAAAAUGUAUGAUCCAAAAGUGCAUGUCAUUGCUGGUGAACCACCGGAUAGAUUAGAUAGUCAGCUAAUAUACAAAGUUCCAUUGUCUAARUUUGCAAUUCCAUAUGACUUGAGAGUUAGUCUUAACAAAGGAGAACCAAGUAGACAUCUUGAAGAAUUGUUGACAUCAGAAAUUACACAGACAAACUACCAGGAAAGAUUUUCWGCCUUGUUGCAUAUUGAAGAGAUGCAAAUGGAGGUGGAUAUAAGGCACUAUGAUGUGGAGAAUGCAACCAUGGUAAAAGAUGGCAGAUAUUUGGUUUUGGAUGUGCCAGGGCUUGCCGAAAAUCGWCCAUCUAUCAUUAAAGGAGACCAUUUAUUCGUCCAAAUACAGCAUAAAGAUGGCAAAGAAAACAACGAAUACCAGGGAUACAUUCACGAUGUUUUACUAAAUAAAGUCAAACUUAGAUUCUGUGCAAGCUUUCAUAAGUUGUAUGUGAAGGGAAUGAAAGUGAAGGUUAGAUUUACGUUCGGACGAACGCCAUUACGWCUYGCUCACCGUGCUUUACGCUUGCAAAAUGACAUGGAAAAUGUCCAGGAYGUUUUGGGUCUGGGUAAAGGAGAAAUYGAAAGAUUGCCAACUAUUUGCGCUCCAGAAAAAGUCAAAAGGAUGUACAACACUAAACUUGAAGAAAAUCCUGAACAAAAGCAAGCUGUAACUAACAUAGUGUCAGGAACAUCGCGUCCCGCRCCCUACCUCAUCUUUGGACCGCCAGGAACGGGGAAAACCGUGACYGUGGUAGAAUCUAUCAAACAGGUUCUUAAGGUUUUAGAGAAAAGCCGAGUUUUGGCGUGCGCUCCAUCAAACAGCGCGUCUGACUUGAUUCUUGAACGAGUGAUUGAGCACAGUGUCGUCCCCAAAACUAAAAUGCUGAGGCUUAACGCUUUUGGACGAUCAUUUGCUACAUUACCAGAAUCUAUCAAGCCACUGUGUUGCAUAAAGGGCUCAGACUUUUACUUUCCUCCUGUGGAAGAAAUCAUGAGUAAAAGACUUGUUGUCACGACAUUGGUUACUGCUGGAAGACUUGUCUCAGCUGGAAUACCUGAUUGUCACUUUACUCACAUCUUCAUUGAUGAAGCGGGACAUAGUCUAGAACCUGAAUGCUUAAUCCCCCUGGCUGGACUUCUAAACACCGCGAAUCYAGGAGGSGGUCAGCUUGUGUUGGCAGGGGACCCUCAACAACUUGGGCCUGUUUUAAGAUCACCUUUAACCAUCAAGUAUGGCUUGGGCAUGUCUUUUUUGGAGAGACUGAUGACCAAAACACCUCAGUACGGGCGCAUUUUGGACGAAGAAGAUGAAGAAGAUGAGCUUGGAGAAUACAAUCCUUUAGUGCUGACCAAACUAUUGAAAAAUUACAGAUCUCAUCCAGCUAUACUUGAGCUACCAAACGAGAUGUUCUACGACGACGAACUUGAAGCAUGCGCAAACGAGCUAUAUCGGUCAUCUUUGUGUCAAUGGAGCAGGCUACCAACGAAAGACUUCCCGAUCAUCUUUGAAGGCGUGAAAGGAAAUGAUCUUAGGGAGGGGAAUAGCCCUUCAUUCUUCAAUCCAGAAGAAGCGGUUACAGUAGUGAAGUACGUCAAAGACUUACGAGAUACUCGUGGAGUUAAAGUCUUGACAAAAGAUAUCGGCAUAAUAUCACCUUACAGGAAACAGGUGACAAAGAUACGCAAACUUCUUAAUUACGAAAACAUCCAUGACACUAAAGUAGGUUCAGUUGAAGAGUUCCAAGGACAGGAGCGUCGAGUUAUCAUUAUAUCGACCGUUCGAAGUACACUAGAGUAUCUACAGAUGGACGCACGGUUUAAACUUGGUUUCCUCAAAAAUCCCAAGAGAUUCAAUGUUGCCAUCACCAGAGCUCAAGCACUGCUCAUCGUUAUUGGUAAUCCAUUUGUGCUUUGUAAAGACAGCCAUUGGGGAAGGCUAAUACAGUACUGUAUAAAACACAAGGCGUAUCGUGGAUGUGAUUUUAAAAUUCCCGAUGAGGAAGAGGAAGACCUGGUCAAUAGACUCAAGCGCGUGCACCUGGGAACUAAUGAAGACAUUGAAAAUCUUAGCCAAGAACUAGAUCCMGCGCCGGUCAUUUCAGAAGAGCAGCCCUGGUAUCGACCAGAAGAACAGUAGCAGUGCAUUGUGGGAAAACUAUUUAUGGUCUUUUUAUCCAAUGUUUUUAUGAAAAAAAAUAUUUUAAAAUUUUUUAUUUUCAAAAUCCUGAGUUCUAAGUUAUCAAAAAAAGAAACUUUUAAUGCAUUAUCGCUGGGAAUACUUAUCAAACAUGCAAAUUAUUAGGAUCACUUUUMACAAGAGACGAAUGAACAGAGUGACGCCAUUUGUGCGACAAAACAUGAUGGGAAACGUACUCCUGGCACUGCUUUUCUAACCUUUAAAUAACAAAUGAUGUUGUCCUCACAGAAACAGCACAUCUACUUUCAUUUUUACAAGGAAUAAGCAAAAAUCGCAUUGGGGGAUUUUUUUAGGGGAAAUAAGAAGUGCUAGCACUCCAUUUCCCAUCAUGUGCGUCGCUGCUUUCUUUAUUAUCAUCUCUUGUUCGCUUAUGAAAAGUGCUUCUUUUUAAAAGAAACACUUAACGUUUAGUGAACUCAUGUACUCCUACUUAAACACAUUUUCGUCAUAGAAUACACACAAAAACAUAACCUAGGGUAGCUUYUAAUUCAUCUUAUUCGAUUUUAAUAUAUGUGGUCGGAUUCAGACACUCACCAUAUAGCGAGAUAGCCAGGGACUGCCUUGCACAUUUCUUAAAGAGGUGUUUUAUCAAAUGUAUGAAAUAACAGACAAUAAAGUCUUUAAAAUCUCA